AUGAGAACUGCACAACGCAUUGCCGUGACGAAAACAGAGCUUCCGCCGUGCUGUCUUCGGAUCCACCCCGAAGACCCCUCUGUUGUUCUUUUGGGAACAUACAAGUUGGAGGAGUCGGGCGCCAGACACGGCCUGGUUGACGUUUACAGGACGGAAAACGGCCAAUUCCGCCCCUUGGGCUCGACGCCCACGCUGCUGGCCAUUCUCGACUUGAAGUUCUGCCCCGGCAACCUGCUGCUUUUCGUGCUGGCGCAUCUGACGGGAGAAAUCCGUGUUUGGGCGUUUGAAGACGCGGCGGCUUCGGAAAAACGCACAGUCCAGGUGUUUGAGCCCGACGUGCUUGUGACGCUGGUGUUUUUCGAUCCCCGCAGCGCCAAAACGGUCUUGGCCACGGCCACAAGCGGCGAGGCGGCGCUUGUGGAUUUGGAAACGGGCGAAUGCGUUUACUGGACGUCCCAUUCCCUCGAGUGCUGGACCGGCGCGUUUGGCGAGCUGGCCGGAGCAGAAAAUGUCGUUUUCACCGGCGGCGACGACGCCAAACUUGCCGCCCACGAUAGAAGGAUGGAAUGCCCCAUUUGGGCCACGGGGCCUCGGUUCCACGACGCCGGGGUCGUCUCGAUUCUCUGCUCGGGCGAAAAGUGGCUUCCGCUGAAGCCCAACACGCUUUGGACAGGCUCGUACGACGACUGUUUGCGGACGUUUGAUUUGCGCAUGUUGGAUUCGCCGGACGGGCCUGUUUUGCACCUGGCGUUGCUCCCGAAGGAAAACUCUCGCCAGAACUUGAACGGCGGCGUGUGGAGAUUGAUCCCGGCGCCUGAUGCCACCAGGGUUUUGGCCUGUUGCAUGUACGACGGAGCUCGAAUCAUAGAGCCUGGCGACGGUGUGCCGAAUAUCUCAACAUACUUCAAGGGCGACCACGAAAGCAUGUGCUAUGGAGGCGACUGGGUGGGGGAAAACAUCGUGACAUGUUCGUUUUACGAUAAUGUGGUGCAGCAGUGGGCAUAG